AUGUCAUCAUUUAGUAUACAUAAAGCUGCCUUGGAGGGACAACCGGGACUGAUCAGAAGUCUAUUAAGUGAAGAUCCCAAAUUGGUCAACUCGAAGGACGAGGAUGGUAGAACACCAUUACAUUGGGCAUCUACGACUGGUAAUCUGAAUGUAUUACAGUUGAUAUUGAGUUAUCAUCCAGAGUUGGAAAGUAGGGAUUCGAUGGGAUGGACAGCAUUGAUCAUUGCUUCCGCAUCAAACCAGGUUGAAGUAGUUAGAGAAUUGUUGGAAGCUGGCGCUCAGGUAGAUGCGAUAAACGAAAAGGGACAAACAGCUUUACAUUACGCAGCUUCAAAAGGGAAUGUGUCUAUUGGCAGAUUGCUUAUAUCAAGAGGAGCAGAUAUAAACGUCAAAGAUCGUGCAUCUCAAUUCCCAUUACAUCGAGCAGCCACCACUGGUAAUCAUGCGUUCUUGAGCUUGUUGUUGAACCCUCCUGAAGGAAGACCGAAAACAAGGUUGAAUGGUGCUGAUAGAGCAGGAAACACACCAUUACAUCUUGCGUUCGAAAGUGGACAUGGAGAUGCAGCUGUCACGUUGAUAGAAGCAGGAGCCGAUCGGGAGAGGUCAAACUCAGAGGGCCAAGUACCGGAAGAGAUCGAAGGUGUAGGUGGACAAGAACAGAAGAAUGUUAGGAAUUAUGUGGUUUCGAAAGUCGGUCCAAGAAGGGAGUGA